AAUCAUCAGUGUUCUUUCAUCUCUUUCCUUCCGAGGCUGAAAUCAACAAAACCGUUUUUACUUGUUGGAUCUAAAAAGAGAUAAAAUCAACGCAAACUGUCGUUGCUGCACUGAGAGAAUCAUGGCUGGAAUGAAGCAAAUCACGGGUUGUUCUUUGAUUGAGAGAACUUCUUUUCUUCCUUCUUCUAGGUUUCUUCUUAAUAAUCAUUUUAAUCAGCAAUGGUUUAGGCCGGCGGUUGUUCCUCUGAGAGAGCGAAGAGUGCAUUUAAGGAAGGCGGCAAGAACCCCGGUAGCGGCAAUUAGUGAGAAACUGGUGAAAGUUGAGCCAGAAAAGCCUGUGAAAUUUAAGGUGAGGGCAGUGGUAACUGUGAGAAAGAAGAACAAAGAGGACUUCAAAGAAACAAUUGCAAGGCAUUUGGAUUCUUUUACUGAUAUGAUUGGAUGGAAUGUCGUUCUACAGAUUGUUAGCACCGAAGUUGACCCAAGAACAAAGAGACCGAAGAGGAGCAACGAGGCGGUGCUAAAAGACUGGUCCAAGAAAUCGAACCUCAAAGCCGAACGGGUCAAUUACAUAGCAGAAUUCACAGUGGACUCCAAUUUCGGGGUUCCCGGAGCCAUCUUGGUGAGUAACAAGCACCAGAAGGAAUUUUUCUUGGAGAGCAUCACCAUCGAAGGUUUUGCAUGCGGUCCGGUCCACUUUGCCUGCAAUUCCUGGGUUCAGUCCAAGAAAGACCAUCCGGGCUUGAGGAUUUUCUUUUCCAAUAAGCCAUACUUGCCUUCCGAGACACCAGUUGGGCUGAAAGAGCUGAGGGAGAAGGAACUGAGAGGACUAAGAGGUGACGGAAAGGGAGUCAGGAAGCUCUCCGAUAGAAUCUACGACUACGAUACCUACAGGGAUUUGGGAAAUCCUGAUAAGGGAAUCGAGUUUGCAAGGACAACUCUGGGCGGUCAAGAGAUCCCUUAUCCAAGACGAUGCCGCACCGGACGUCCUCCAACUGAUACCGAUAUGAACGCAGAAAGCCGUGUGGAGAAGCCAUUGCCAAUUUACGUGCCACGGGACGAAGCAUUCGAGGAGUCGAAACAGGAUACGUUCGCGGCAGGGAGGCUGAAGGCCGUGCUCCACAACUUGAUACCCUCUCUCAUCGCCAGCAUAUCUGCUGAGAACCCCGACUUCAAGGGGUUCUCCGAGGUGGACAGUCUCUACAAAGAAGGUCUACUCCUUAAGUUGGGCUUACAGGAUGAACUCAUGAAGAAGCUUCCCUUACCCAAGAUCGUUAGCAAGAUCCAGGAGUCUAGUCAGGGUCUUCUGAGAUACGACACUCCUAUAAUUUUGUCCAAGGACAAGUUUGCCUGGUUACGAGACGACGAGUUCGCCCGCCAAGCCAUCGCUGGAAUCAAUCCCGUAAGCAUCCAACGACUCGAGGUUUUCCCACCAAUAAGCAAACUCGAUCCCGAGAUCUACGGUCCACAAGAAUCCGCACUCACUGAAGAGCACAUCGUAGGCCACCUCAGCGGCAUGUCGGUUCAACAGGCAUUGGCGGAGAAUAAAUUGUUUAUGUUGGACUACCAUGACAUCUACCUCCCAUUUCUGGACCGGAUAAAUUCUCUGGAUGGCAGGAAAGCGUAUGGAACUCGUACAAUUUUCUUCUUGACCCCUCUCGGUACCCUAAAGCCCAUUGCUGUUGAGCUGAGUCUCCCGUACAGGGGCCCCGGCUCCCCAUCAAAACGGGUUCUCACCCCGCCCGUGGAUGCCACCACAAACUGGCUCUGGCAGCUAGCCAAAGCCCAUGUCCGCUCCAACGACGCCGGCGUCCAUCAACUGGUGAACCACUGGUUGAGGACACAUGCGUGCAUAGAGCCAUUCAUACUAGCGGCACAUAGACAGUUGAGUGCAAUGCACCCUAUCUUCAAGCUUCUGGAUCCCCACAUGCGUUAUACAUUAGAGAUAAACGCUCUCGCCCGGCAGACCCUCAUCAGCGCCGGAGGUGUGAUCGAGUUCUGCUUCACUCCUGGCCCUUACUGCAUGGAGAUCAGUGCUGCCGCUUACCGUAACCUAUGGCGCUUCGACCUUGAGGGCCUCCCUGCCGAUCUCAUUCGGAGGGGUAUGGCGGUACCGGACCCCACCCAACCACAUGGGUUAAAGCUCCUGAUAGAAGACUACCCCUAUGCCAACGAUGGUCUACUCAUCUGGUCCGCCAUCGAGACGUGGGUCCGAACAUACGUGAACCGUUAUUACUCUGAUUCGAGCACCAUACGAACCGACACAGAGCUGCAGGCCUGGUACUCCGAGUCAAUUAAUGUGGGGCACGCCGAUAUACGCCAUGAAAGCUGGUGGCCCACACUCUCGACCGUGGAAGAUCUUGUCUCCAUCCUGACUACCCUCAUUUGGCUUGCGUCGGCUCAACAUGCUGCACUUAAUUUCGGGCAGUACCCUUAUGGUGGGUACGUUCCAAGCCGUCCACCGCUAAUGAGGCGUUUAUUGCCUCAGGAAGGCGACCCGGAGUACCAAAAUUUCCUGGCGGAUCCACAGAGAUUUUUCCUCUCAGCGUUGCCGAGUUUGCUCCAAGCUACCCAAUUUAUGGCCGUGGUUGACACCCUCUCCACACACUCACCGGACGAAGAGUAUCUCGGAGAGCGACAACACCCAUCUACAUGGUCUGGAGAUGCUGAAAUCGUUGAGGCAUUCUAUGGGUUCUCAGCAGAGAUCAGACGGAUAGAGAAGGAAAUCGAGAAAAGGAACAGUGAUCCUACACUCAGGAACCGAUGUGGAGCGGGUAUUUUGCCAUACGAAUUACUUGCACCAAGCUCGGAACCUGGUGUCACUUGUAGAGGGGUGCCCAACAGUGUGUCAAUAUAAUGGAUUCAUGACUGACUACAUUGUCCCACCCGCUCACACCACAUUACAUUUGUAUUUGUUCAUCCACUCCUCUCUCUCUCUAUCUAUCUAUCUAUAUAUAUAUAUAUAUAUAUAUAGUUUGUAAAGAGAAAAAUUAUGCUGCCAAAAAUAAGCACACAUUUCAUGACUGACUACAGUGUCAAUUUUGUUUAA